GAAGAUCCUGCCUUGAUUCGUUGGACCUAUGCAAGAUCAAAUAUCUAUCCAAAUUUUAGACCCAGUCCCAAGACCUCACUCUUAGGAGCUUUGUGGGGAAUUGGGCCCCUCUUCUUCUGGUAUUAUGUUUUAAAAACUGACAGGGAUAAGAAAGAAAAACUUAUCCAGGAAGGAAAAUUGGAUCGAGCAUUUAACCUCUUAUAUUAAGUUGGCAAUGAUGACUGUGUAUUCUUGCUUAAAUAAAUCUUCUGUUAGUCAUUAAA